AUGUCUUCCAAGCGACCAGCCUCUCCGUAUGGGGAAGCAGAUGGAGAGGUAGCCAUGGUGACAAGCAGACAGAAAGUGGAAGAAGAGGAGAGUGACGGGCUCCCAGCCUUUCACCUUCCCUUGCAUGUGAGUUUUCCCAACAAGCCUCACUCUGAGGAAUUUCAGCCAGUUUCUCUGCUGACGCAAGAGAGUUGUGGCCAUAGGACUCCCACUUCUCAGCACAAUACAAUGGAAGUUGAUGGCAAUAAAGUGAUGUCUUCAUUUGCCCCGCACAACUCAUCUACCUCACCCUUGAAGGCAGAAGAAGGUGGGCGUCAGAGUGGAGAAUCAUUGUCCAGUACAGCCCUGGGAACCCCUGAAAGGCGUAAAGGCAGCUUAGCAGAUGUUGUAGACACCUUAAAGCAGAGAAAAAUGGAAGAGCUCAUCAAAAAUGAGCCAGAAGAAACUCCCAGUAUUGAAAAGCUACUAUCAAAGGACUGGAAAGACAAGCUUCUUGCCAUGGGAUCAGGGAACUUUGGAGAAAUAAAAGGGACUCCAGAAAGCCUAGCUGAGAAAGAAAGGCAGCUUAUGGGUAUGAUCAAUCAACUGACCAGUUUGCGUGAGCAGCUGCUGGCAGCUCAUGAUGAACAGAAGAAACUGGCUGCAUCACAAAUCGAGAAACAACGCCAGCAAAUGGAGCUGGCUAAGCAGCAACAGGAACAGAUUGCAAGACAACAGCAGCAGCUCCUGCAGCAGCAACACAAAAUUAACCUUCUUCAGCAGCAGAUCCAGGUUCAAGGUCAGCUGCCUCCAUUGAUGAUUCCAGUGUUCCCUCCAGAUCAACGAACCCUAGCAGCAGCUGCUCAGCAAGGAUUCCUCCUUCCUCCUGGUUUCAGCUACAAGGCAGGAUGCAGUGACCCUUACCCUGUUCAGCUGAUCCCAACUACCAUGGCAGCUGCUGCGGCAGCAACACCAGGCUUAGGCCCACUCCAACUGCAGCAGUUGUAUGCUGCCCAGCUUGCUGCAAUGCAAGUGUCUCCAGGAGGCAAGAUACCUGGCAUACCCCAAGGAAACCUUGGUGCGGCUGUAUCCCCUACCAGUAUCCACACAGACAAGAGCACAAACAGUCCUCCACCCAAAAGCAAGGAUGAAGUGGCCCAGCCGCUGAACCUCUCAGCUAAACCCAAGACGUCUGAGGGAAAAUCUCCGACAUCGCCCACUUCUCCUCAUAUGCCAGCUCUGAGAAUAAACAGUGGGGCCAGUUCACUCAAAUCCUCAGUGCCAGCAACAUUAGCCAGUCCUUCGGCCAGAGUUAACACAAUAGGUUAUUUAAAUGACCAUGAUGCUGUUACCAAGGCAAUCCAGGAGGCCCGACAGAUGAAGGAGCAACUUCGGAGGGAACAACAGGUGCUUGAUGGGAAGGUGGCUGUUGUGAAUAGUCUGGGUCUCAAUAACUGCAGGACAGAAAAGGACAAAACAACACUGGAGAGCCUGACUCAACAGCUGGCAGUAAAACAGAAUGAAGAUGGGAAAUUUAGCCAUGCUAUGAUGGAUUUCAACAUGAGUGGGGAUUCUGACGGAAGUGCAGGUGUCUCAGAAUCUAGAAUUUAUCGGGAAUCCAGAGGGCGUGGAAGUAAUGAACCCCAUAUCAAGCGUCCAAUGAAUGCCUUCAUGGUGUGGGCUAAAGAUGAGCGAAGGAAGAUCCUUCAAGCCUUCCCUGACAUGCACAACUCCAACAUUAGCAAGAUACUGGGAUCUCGCUGGAAAGCUAUGACAAACCUAGAGAAGCAGCCAUACUAUGAGGAGCAGGCCCGACUCAGCAAGCAACAUCUGGAGAAAUACCCAGACUAUAAAUACAAGCCCAGGCCGAAGCGCACCUGUCUUGUGGAUGGCAAAAAAUUGCGGAUCGGCGAGUACAAGGCAAUCAUGCGCAACAGGCGACAAGAGAUGAGGCAGUAUUUUAAUGUUGGGCAACAAGCACAGAUUCCUAUCGCCACCGCCGGUGUAGUCUACCCAGGAGCCAUCGCGAUGGCAGGAAUGCCCUCCCCCCAUCUGCCAUCAGAGCACUCGAGUGUGUCCAGCAGCCCGGAGCCCGGGAUGCCUGUCAUCCAGAGCACUUACGGCAUCAAAGGCGAGGAGCCGCACAUCAAAGAGGAGAUGCAGGCCAGUGACAUCAAUGGAGAAAUCUACGACGAGUACGAUGAAGAAGAGGACGACCCUGAUGUGGACUACGGCAGUGACAGUGAAAAUCACAUUGCAGGACAAGCCAACUGA